UCAGAUUCAUUCACAACAAUGAAAAUGUAAAUUAAAGCAUUUACUAAUUUACAUGUGUAGAACUUUUACUUUUUUUUAAUUUCUCCCUUUAAAAAAUACUUUAUUGAGCAUGAUUAUUUCCCUUUCACCCUUUGACUACUGUUUCUUCUCGAUUGCGCAUUUCAAAUUCUUUGAAACUCGUCCUCAAAAAAAAAAAAAAAAAAAAAAAAAAAAAAACUUUUGAAACUCUUUUUACAAAUUUCUCUCUCUUUACCUUCGAAUCAAUCAUUCGUCAUUCUUCAAGCUUGUUUAUUGAAACCAUCCUAAAUUAUUUCUUCAAGCUGUACAAUUAAUAAAUCAAAUUAUACUCUUCAAUUUUCUCAAAUAUACAGUCUGGAAGCUUUUUUCAUUUCUGGGUAUUUCUAGUUAUUAUUCCCUCUUCUAAUCUGGGGAAAUCAUCUACUUUUUAAGAUGUCCACUAGCUCCAGGAGUGAUACUACUGAUGACUCCAUUUUUGACAUAGAGGAGCUAUUACAAAUUGAAGCAAGAUGUAGAGAGUUAAGAAGAGAGAAGGAUUUGCUUAAAGAAACACAAUCCCAAAGCUUUGACCUGAUCAAAAGACUGGAGCUGCAUGUAUGGAAAUUGAAUGAGGCCCGCUUGGAAGAUAAGAGAAAAGUUCAAGAGUUAGAAAAAGAGCUGAAUAACUGCCAUCAGGAAAUAGACUAUUUGCAGGAUCAAUUAAAUGCAAGGAAUGCUGAUGUGAAGUAUCUUGAAGAGUGUGUUGGGAGCUUUGAGAUGAAAAUGGUCGACUUUGAACUUCUGCAGGAGGAAGUUGUCAGUCUAAGAGAAGAAUUAGAAAAAUCGGACUCGGAGUGUAAUUUUUAUAUUCAGGAACUAGGCACUAAAGAAACACAACUACAGCAGACAAGAUUGCAUAUAGAAAAACUAGAAGAGUCUAUUGCCUCUGCUGCAUUGGAAUACCAAUGUGAAAUAGAGAGCUUGAGGCUGGAAAUGAUGUCCUUGGAGCAGAGCUGCUUUGAGUCUGAAAAAUCCGAGGAGUACUGUCAAGAAACUGCCGGAUUGACCAAGUCACUUCAUGAAUUUCAGAUCCAGUUUGAGGAAGCACAAAAAAAUAUUAAAAAUUUGGAAAAUGAAAAUAAACGAGUGGUGGACGUGCUUAAUGCACACGAAAAGGAAGCAAGAUUAUUUUGCCAAAGAGUUGAAGAGCACUUCGAAGGAUGGAUGGAUUGUAGUAAAGGUUUAAAUUCUUGUGGAUUGUUCAAUGUUGCAGCAGGAGAAAUUAGUUUAUGUGGCGAUAUCCUUGGACCACUGCUCUCAAAACUCCUCAAGAUAGGUACAUCAAUUAAAGAUCUUAAAGGUAGUGAUAGUGGAGAGAAAAUGUCCCAUGAACUUCAUAAGUAUGAAGAACUAGUAAAGCAGCUUAAGGAAGAACUGAAGAAAGAGAAAUUAAAAGCGAAAGAAGAGGCAGAGGACCUCGCUCAAGAAAUGGCAGAAUUGAGAUACCAAAUGACAGAGUUGCUGGAAGAUGAGCGCAAACGACGUUCUUGCAUUGAACAAGCCUCUUUACAGAGAAUAUCUGAGUUAGAAGUACAGCUUCAGAUGGAGCAAAGGAAAUCUGUUGGCCCUGUUCAAAGAAUUUGUGAGGUAUAAUAGUUUCGAUGAGUUCAGUACUGUUGUGUUUUGUAACAUUACCAGUCUUGUGUAAAGACUGAACUAAUUUUUUUGUACAGAUAUAGAAUGUGAAAGUAUCAUUUGAUUGAGAUAAAGCAUUGUGUUUGGUCCGCACACAAAAAGAUACUUCUCUGAGAUAGUUUAAGCAGCUUGAUCUGGAAUUUUUUUUA